AUGGGAUUCAGCGAGAUAUGGAUCAACUGGAUUAUGGAAUGCAUCACCACGGCUACAUUCUCUUUCAACAUAAAUGAGGAGUCAAAAGGAUAUAUAACAUCUUCAAGGGGAAUUAGACAAGGUGAUCCUCUAUCACCUUAUCUUUUCUUGUUAGUAUCAGAAGGUUUUUCCAAUUUGCUGACUCAAGCUGAGAGCAACCAUAAGCUGAUUUUGGAGACGUAUGAACAAGGCUCAGGACAAAUGAUGAACAUGAAAAAGUCAUUAGUCUUCUUUAGUAAGAAUGUGGACCGGAAGGAACAAAAGGAGAUCUGCAGUAGCCUAGGAAAUAUACAGGUAGUACAUCAAGGAAAGUAUUUGGGGUUGCCAAUCGUCAUACCAGAACUAAGGACCAGAUCUUUGGUUUUGUCAGAGACAAGUGUCAGAAAACAGUCUCUAAUUGGUGCAACAAGAAGCUCUUCCAAGCAGGCAAAGAGGUUUUACUAA